AUGCGGACCGUACUGCUGCUGCUGGGCGCCCUCGCCGAGGGCCGCACAUGGUUAAGCCAAACCAAACAGAAACCGAAGCAAGCGCGCCGCGCGCCGCCGCCGGGCGCGGGCGUGAGCCCCCUGGACGACGCCGUCGCGCGCACAACCUCUGUAGCCGCCUGGUUCCGCGGCGGCCCGCCGCCGCGGCACUGGGUGGCGACCCUACCCAACAACUACCGGGGCGGCGCGUUGCUGGGACAGGGCACGGUCAAGAAGGCGUUCGCCGUGCCGAACCGCACUGAUGUGGUGCUGAAGACACGAGUCAUGCACGGCGGCGCCCGGCAGCAGACCUGGGCCGAGGUGCUCUACCUCGAGUUUUUGAGAGGGAAGGCGGGCGUCCCCAAACUGCACGGAGCCUGGCAGGAGAAGCGGAGCGUGUACUACGUGGUGCAGCGCUUGAGUGUUCCGCUGGUCGAGAACUCGGAGCCGUCCGCGGCGUGGUUGAAAACGUGUCGGGCCCGGCCGCUCGAGACUGCGGUAUCACUCAUAGAGGGCGUCCGGUCGUUCGCCGACGCGGGCUUCUUCGACGCGGAGCACUCUCUGGACGGGCGCAAGUUCGCCCUAUCAAAAGACGGCGCCGUCUACCUAGUCGACGCACCGGCGCCGCUCGCCACGUCGCCGGUUCGAAAUGUGGUGGACUGGGUGCUCCGCGGCACGUGGAAGGACCGUAACGCGACGAAGGACCGGACCUGCCUCGCGGACAAGGACUGCCCCCGGCUUCGUGAGCAGGGCAGGGGCGAGCGCGUCCCGGGCCACAAGCGGGCCGCGCGCGAAACUGGAGGCUGGUGCCGAAAUGGGAGGUGCGCCGGCAUCGACGCGCGGGCGCACGUCUACGACCUGGCGACGCGGGCCUGGGCGCUGCCGCUGAUUCUGGCGGAGGGCCGGUUUUCAUCACAAAAGGCGAAGCAGCGCCUGGAGCAGCUAAUAAAGCGCAUGCGAAGCGAGGCGCCCGAGGACCGGCCGAGCUUGUUCUUUUUCCGGUGUCCGAAGCCCCUGGUGCUGCCGCGUAUACGAAGCGACGACCGCCCGGGGAGCCUACAAGACGCCGUCGACGCGACCCUCCGCGCAACGCAGGCUGGAGGCGCUAUCGACGCUGGACGCCGAGCUGGCGCCCGCGUGGCCCACCGUUGUCACUGGAGACGCCGCGGCGGUCGCGCGCGCCGCGGCGGCGGCCGCCUGGUCCCAGGGCGCGCCGCCGCCGCGGCACUGGACAACCAGUUCAAGUACCGGCUACGACCUCGGCCCCGUCCUCGGCGAGGGCGCCCGCAAGAAAGCUUUAACAGUUGUGGGCCGCCCGGACGUCCUCGUGAAGACGCGUGUCAGGACGUCGGCGCACAAGGUCCGGAGCGAACUCGCGGCGCGCGCCGAGGUUAUGUAUUUGGAGCUCAACCGCGGGCGCCGGGGCGUGCCCCGGUUGUACGGCGGCUGGCGCGACGCAAGGGAGGACCGCGUCUACUACGUCGUGCAGCGCGCCGGCUCUCCCAUAGUCGUCGACGAAGUAUCGACUGUGCCGUCCGCCGCGUGGCUCGCGUUUUGCCGCGCCGACCCGGUCGGGGCGGCGACGGCACUGGUCGAGUGCUUCCGGUCCUUCACCUCCUCCGGCUACUUCAUGGAGGACCUCCACGGCGCGCAGUUCACGUUGGCUGGCAAUGACAUAUACGCGAUCGACGCGCCGGAGACGUUGCCAAACGCGCCCGUGGCGGCGGUGCUGGACUGGACCGCGCGCAAGGGGGGAACGUCAUGGGGGGGCCUCAAGUACGUCGAGAUGCGGUUGAGUGUUCAUCAAAAUUGCACUGUAGAUGGCGACUGCCCGGCGACGUCGGACAUUGAGCUGUGCGCCUUCCGCGACUGCGUCCCCGGGUGGGACCAGGGCGCGCGGGAGGCGCGCGGCUGGUGCCGCAAGGGCUGGUGCGCUCUAGUGGAUGCGCGGGCGCACACGUACGACCUGGCGACGCGGGCCUGGGCGCUGCCGUUGAUGUUGAAGGAGGGCCGGUUCCCGUCCCUUCAUCAAAAGCGGCGCCUGGAAGAGUUAAUAAAGCGCAUGCGAAGCGAGGCGCCGGAGGACCGGCCGAGUCUCUCCGAUGUUCUCGCGGCGCUCGGUUGA